ACGUAGGAUGAUACACCAAUCACGAAUAAUCGCUCGUGAAUUGCACAACAACCGGUUGCAGUAUUGAAUGCAUCGAUUGUCUUUUGGCGCGAGUUUUUUUUAAAGUUGUUUAGUUUUGUUAUUAUUGCAAAUGAUAUGCGAGUGAUGUAAAAUAAGAAGAUGGAAACGGCCAGUACUUCCAGUAAUAAUGACACGAAUAUCGAGCAGAUUGAUGAAGACACAGAAAAGAAAAAGCUGCGUCAAGAAAUAAAGAGUCUGGAAUGCUUAAUCGAACAAUGCGAACAAAAACUGAACACAAUAUGUUUCGGAGACGUGGAAGAACAUUUGACAGAAUCGCCAAACUUGAAGAUUCUUCCACAUUCAAGAAGAAUACCGAAUGUCGAAGUUGAUUUGCAAAAUGAGUUGUAUAAUUUCGCCGGUUUUCAUUGCGCUAAAUUCCGAAGGGAUGAGAUCGUAUUCAACUUUAAACCAACGAGCAAGUAUCAGAAAAACGACACUUAUGCGAUACAGAUUUUCAUAAAGAAUGGAAAAGGCGAGCUGGGAAAAUGGGUAAUGCCAAUGUCGUUCGAUGUGAAUGACAUGCUGUCUAAAAUACCCAUUGACAAAACAAAAAAUAUAGGUCCUUUUCUAAAGAGUUGUCAACACAAUAUUGACUGUUACGUUGCUCGACAAGACCAGUUCCUGUCAUUAAAAGAAUAUACUUUACAUAUGAAACAUUGUUCUCUGCACUCUAACAUGGCAUAUACGCAAAUUAGUUUAGAAUUGUAUGGUAUACAUGACAAAGAAAAUGAUAAAUAUAUGAACUUAGUAAUAUAUUUACUAUAUCAUUCUCAUAUAGCAAGACCAUAUAAAAUUAAUAUCGAUACAAUGGAAGAAAAGAAGUUAAAUGAUGAUUUAAGACGACAAUUAAAAAUAUGUCUAAAAGAGUUCAAGAUAUUAGAUUUACAAACAGCAUUUGAAAAGAUUUUAACAGAGGAUUCUGCAUUUACGUGGCUGCGGACAGAUGACAGUGAUAGUCCACUAGAAUUGAAUGACACUAGUGAUUCUACAGAAGAUUUUGUAGUAGACUUACAAUUAAAUCGAAACAAGUUACUGAGAAAACGCAAGAGAAAACAUGAACGGCAGAAGAGGAAUGAAAGAAAAAAACGGAAGAAUACUUCAAAAAAUAUUGAAUUAUCGAACAAUAAUGAGGAAGAUAGUUAUACACAAGUGACAAGCACUAAAAGUUCACGGCAAAUUUUGAAAGAAAACGAAACAGAGAAGCUUCCAUCCACUUCAAAACAAAAAGUUUUUAGAAACCUUCCAGAAGAAACGACACCAUUGUAUAAACCUAAAAUUAGAUUAAAACAGACGAAAUUGAAUUUUCAUACCAAUCAGCCUACAAACAAUUCUAAGGAUGCAAAUUUUGAUUCAAAACUACAUGAUGAACUUGUCAAAAAGAAACUGAAGAUAACUCCGCUAGGCACUAGCACUCCGUUACCUGAUACAAUCAGAAAUAAAAAAGUAUCCUCAUCGUCUAGUUCAGAAAUGGGAAACAUCACAAAUAUUGAAAUACUGAAACCAACUAUAGAUAAAUUGAAAAAAUCUAAAGGUAGUCGUCUAACAAAUAAGAUUGUAAAAAAGAAAGCACCAAAGUUAUCACAAGGUACUAUUGAAGCAAUUAGAUCAUCGUCACGAACUGUGAAGACAGAUCAACGACGUAUGAGGAAUAUGAAAAACAAAAAUAUGAGAAAAUGAGUGUAGAAUUAUGUGUGAAAAAUAACAAAACGUAUAUCUUGUGCGAUACGAGUUCCUUGCCACGUUUAUCGGACGUCAAUAAUCAUCCCCCCGUUACGUUGGUACCAGCCACGGUUUAGAGGGUGGGGUAAAAUCAUCCCUCUACACCUGUGCUAUAGAAUCGAGAAUUCGCAUCGAAGUUUAUGUUUGAGAAUCACUGACAUGUCAUAUAGUUCCAUUCAUCGCGCACUUCGUGUAUCUCCGUCAAUGUUCGUAU